UGGGAAAUAUUGACCUUCAACAUUGAAAUCUUUCCUGAUUUUUGGUGAUAAGAUUUUAAAGUAGUCAUUAAUAUUUUUUUGUGUGAGUUUUCCUAAUUCUAUUUAUAACGAUCUUAAUACAAGGGUUAAAGUUCUAGACGGUUCAGAAAGUAAUGAUAUUUUCCCGUGCAUCAUCAUGAAGUAGAUCCAGUGGGUGAUCGAUAACCCAAGGUGUUUGUAUCUUUUCUGACGAUAUUCCUGCAGUGAAUCAUAUUUACACAGAAUCAUAAAGCUUCUAGGAAAUAUUUAAAGCAUUCACGAUAUGAAAAAUGUUUCAACUACGCAUUAGAGUAAAAGGUGUGGCUGCCGCCAUAUUGUCAAUCUCUUGCCGGUGGCGUGGUGAUAUAGCGCGGUAGUCGACUUCUGUCUUGAUAGGUUUUACUGCCUGGAAAGAUAUUAUUCUGCCCGGUGUUCUGGAAUAUCAAUCAGAGGGUGGAAAUACUUUAACUAUCGACUUACUUGCUGAUUUAGAAUUAGAGAAAAAUGUCUGCUCCUGAUAAAGAUGAAUUAGUUCAAAGGGCCAAGCUUGCUGAGCAAGCAGAACGCUAUGAUGAUAUGGCCUCAGCAAUGAAAUCAGUUACAGAGACAGGAGUGGAACUCAGUAACGAAGAAAGGAAUCUCCUAUCAGUCGCAUAUAAGAAUGUGGUUGGUGCCAGACGAUCAUCAUGGAGAGUAAUUUCUUCAAUUGAACAAAAGACUGAAGGAUCAGAGAGGAAACAACAGAUGGCUCGAGAAUAUAGAGAAAAAGUUGAAAAAGAGUUACGAGAAAUCUGCGAUGACGUCUUAGGACUUCUUGACAAAUACCUUAUCCCUAAAGCAAGCAAUGCAGAGUCCAAAGUAUUCUACCUCAAGAUGAAGGGAGAUUACUAUAGGUACCUCGCAGAAGUAGCCACCGGCGACACUAGGAACACUGUCGUCGAUUAUUCACAAAAAGCUUAUCAAGAUGCAUUCGAAAUCUCUAAGGCGAAAAUGACACCCACACAUCCAAUCAGGUUGGGAUUGGCUCUUAACUUCUCAGUGUUUUACUAUGAGAUAUUAAAUUCACCAGACAAAGCUUGCCAGUUAGCUAAACAGGCCUUUGACGAUGCAAUAGCCGAGUUGGACACACUUAACGAAGACUCAUAUAAGGACAGUACCCUUAUUAUGCAGCUUCUCCGAGAUAACCUCACACUUUGGACGAGUGACACGCAGGGCGAAGCUGAUGAGCCUCAAGAGGCUGGUGAUAAUUAAAAGUGUGGAGCGUCAUUUUUUAAACAAUUAUUCGUUAAUAAUGAAAUUUCAUGUAAGUUGACGUAUUCGUGGAACUUGGUUGUGAAGUUUCAUUGACAGUUUUAAGUUUCAUCCUGCUGAAACUUCGAUAUUUAAAAUGUUUUAGGAGAUAUGUAAAUCGUUAAAUUUAUAUUUCACAUUAUCACACAACCGUCAUACUUUUCGCAACAAGUAAUUUAAGCCAUAAAAACCAAAUGUAGUCAUAUAGUUUAGUGAUCGAAACAAUAUGAUUACAUAUAUUCAUUUCUGUGAUUGUUGUGUGAUUCAAUGUCAAUUCUUCUGCAUCAACUUUUGUUUUUUUUUAUAUAUAUAUUCAGUACUGUAAUGGUUUUUAAUUUUUUAUAUAUUAAAUGUAUAUUUAUCUCCUUCUAGAAUUUUGAAAAUUUUUUUUUGAAAUUUUAGCACCUUUUAAGUUGUAACUUGUUAACUAUUACAUUUAUUAUUUAAUAACAUUGUUUUAGGUUAUCUUUUUUAUUUUGUAUUUGUUCAUUGUUGAACUUCUCCCCAGAACUUACCUCUCGGGGUAAAGGCAAAUACAGCGGUUUUAACCAAAAGUUUUUUUAAGAGUUGGAAUUACGUUAUGUGAAAUAUAUAUUUUGUAGAACAAAUAUGCAGAUCAAGGUCUAUCUGUAGUCCUUACUUGAUUUUAUAGAAGUCGAUAGACAAUACUUAAAAACAUUAGUGCAGCGUUCAAAUAAUUAAGAUAAAUAUAUUAUUACAUGAUAUCAGCCAUUUCGAAAACCAUAUAGAUCACUGCACAAAUCACUUAAAUAAAACGGCUGUUUGGUUUGUUUCGACACUGCCAACUAGUUUAUGCUUUUGUUGAAGCCGCUGGGUAUGUUUUUACCCUCAUCAUUUAUUUUGAGUCAGUUAUUUAAUUACAUUUAGUCUGCCAACUUAAUUUUGCACUCCAUUACAUGGGCCAAUAUCUGCCCCUUCCCCUAAAGUACCUAUGUUUACCGUAAACCACUCACUUUGGAUGUGCUAUAUAUAAAUGUAUAUGUAUUAAAAUAAAAACUGCUACCAAGCUCUAUUUGUUUUCUGUUGUAUCUGUCGAAGUAUAUGUCAGAUAUCAAUAAAUUUUUCAAAACUCUAA